GUGGGUUUUUGAAGCAAACCUCUCUUGCAGUGAGGACAGUGUGUAGUUCACCAAGGCACCUCACAAAGAGUCAGGAUAUGCGGGAUGGAGAGGGAACAAUAGUCAGGAGGAAAGGAGCCAGUAGCCCAGGAGGAUGUGGAGAACUUUGUUUUCCAGGCCUGAGCCUGUGUUCAACUGAUUGUGGUCUCAAGGGAGGUCUCUGGCAUAAAUUUGAGUCUAUAGCCACGGCGUUUGUUGUUCACGAUCCCUCAAGGCUGUUCAGACAUGCAAGGCAGUCUGUAGUCUGGCAGUCCUCUGGUUUGAAAAGCAAACUUCAAAAGAUCCUGAGAAUUUGCCGAGUCAGAGAGGAAGAAAAAAAUCCACUCAAGUUUUUCACGACAGCCUCCUAAAAGUCUGUGCUUGGUUUGAAUGUGUCUAAGGACGUGUAUCCCUAAAAUAAGGUUGUGUUUUUCUGACAAUCAUCGCCUCACCCCUGGUCUAUACAGUAUGGUAGGUGAGUAAGUGGCGAGGAAAGUAGGGCACAUCUGUUUAGACUCACAUGGCUCCAGUGUACACUCACACAGUCAGGGUCACACACGAGAGCUUAACACACAUCCAGACUGUGUGUGUGUGUGUGUUAGUUAGUACAGUAGAGAGAGUGUAUAUACUGGCCUCGCUACAGCCUAGACCCCACGGCAGUGACCACUCUUUUCUUCCCUAAAUAAACAAUCCAAGGAUAGUAUCUCUAGGGCCCGCCUUGGUUUCCUGACACUGAGCCUGACGUCAACAAGGGGGGAGUUGAAGCAAGCAACCCACUCCCCCCACUUACACUGGGAUGAAGUUAGAGCCAAAGAAGGCCCGCCCCCUCAUCCCCCCCACCCCCUUUCCUUUCCCACAAUCAACAGGAAGCCUGAGCCAGGAGAGAGCAGAGAGCAGAGAGGCCAGCCAAAUUAGAGGGUGAGAGGAAGAGAGGGAGCGAGAGAAAGGAGGGAAAACAGGACGGCUAAACUUCACCCGAGUCGUCAGAGGGAGAAGGGGAUUGCCGCGCCGCACAGACAGACUUGGAGUAAAACAGAAAACAGAAACCUUUAGUCAGAAGCUGUGCUUCGAGGAGAACAGCAGUCAGAAGUCUGCAGUAUAGACUGAGGGGAUCAAAUCGAGCAGGAAAUAGCAGAGCAAAAAAAAGAAGAGAAUAAAUAGCAGAUGUGAGAUGGCCGCCCAGAUGCCCAAGUCGUCGGCUCAGCGCUUGAGUCGGGACCUGACGUGCUCCAUCUGCCUGGAGAUCUUCAAGCAGCCCGUGUCGCUGCCGUGCGACCACACCUUCUGCGAGGCCUGCAUCUCGGGCUACUGGGGUCGGCCACGGGGCCACACUCAGGGCCAAGGCCAGGGCAGCCAGGGUGCAUGCACCGGCUCCUGCCCCCAAUGCCGCAAGCUCUUCCCCGGCCAGACCUUCCGCCGCAACCGCAUCGUGGCCAACAUUGUCGAGAGCUACUGCCAGGGCCUGGAGGAAAGCGGAGGGACACUGGGCUCCAGUGGCGGGGGUGGUGGGGGCAUCGGAGGAGGGGGUGCCGGGGGCAUGGACCCUAAACCUGCCCCCAUGUGCGGCAGGCACAGGGAGGAGCUGAAGCUGUACUGCGAGGAGGACCAGGAGCUGGUGUGUCUGGUGUGCGGCCUGUCGCAGGACCACCGCAGUCACUCACUGGUGGGCGUGCAGGAGGCUCAGCAGAGACACAGGACGUCUCUAAACAGUGCCAUGGGUGCCCUUCAGGGGGAGCUCAACACCGCCUUGGAGUGCGAGAGAGAGGCAGAGCAAGAGGUCAAGAAACUAAAGGAGCACACUGCAGACCUGAAGCAACGCAUUGAGGCCCAGUUCAGUGACCUGCACCAGUUCCUGUACCAGGAGGAGAAGCUGCUGCAGGUGAAGCUGAAGACGGAGGAGCGUCGCGAGCUGAUCCGGCUGGACGAGCACAAGGCUGUGCUCAGCGUGGAGAUCUCGCGCCUGCGCAGCGCCCUCGCCGACAUCCAGGACAAGCUCCGCGAGCAGGACCCCUUCGCCCUGCUCAAGAACAUGAAGACACUGCUCCAGAGGCAGCCAAUGAAGUUUGAGAAGCCCACCCACACUGCGCCGAGCCUGUGUGAGGGCCGCUUCGCUGGCCCGCUGCAGUACCGCGUGUGGAAGUCUCUGAAAGGCAGCAUCUAUCCAGUGCCCUCAGCCAUUACCUUUAACUCCAGCACAGCGAACCCCUGGCUCAGCUUGACAUCCUCCCUGACGUGCGUGCGCUACCAGACCUUCAACAGCAGCGUGCAGGACAACCCUGAGCGCUUUAACGCGGCCCUCUCGCUGCUGGGCAGCCAGGGCUUCACGCACGGGCGUCACUACUGGGAGAUCGAGGUCUACAGCAGCACUGUGUGGACGGUCGGUGUGGCGCGCGAGACCGUACCCAGGAAAGGGGUUAUCAAGGCUCUGCCCGCCAACGGCUUCUGGACCCUCUCACUGUCCUACGGCAUCCAGUACAUGGCAGGCACGUCUCCCCCCACGGUGCUCUCUCUGGAAGAGCCUAUGGCCAGGAUCGGGGUGUACGUGGACUACAAGCGAGGCCUGGUGUCCUUCUACAACGCUGAGAGCAUGACGCACCUGUACACCUUCCACGAGACUUUCACAGAGACGCUGUAUCCUUACUUCAACCUGGGCUUCCUGGACAAGGUGCACGAGAACGAGCCUCUCAAAGUGUUCCUUCCUAAGAUCUGAGCCUUGAACCUGCACACUAUAUUUCUUAGUAUAAAACGAAAGUAGUGUACCAAUCACAAAUGAUCAAUAUGUCCCACAUACAGAGGAUAAACAGAGAGGUGCUAGAUUGGGAUGGUGCUCCGUGUCACUCGUCUCUGUCUCUGAGCUGUCAGAGACUUUGCUGCGUUUCAAGGUUUUUAGGAGGUGCUUCAGCCUGGAUAUAUUCAAAUAAUCCUGUUCACUGUGCAUUUAAAGUGUAAAAAAUAUAAUUUUGUAGUGGUAAAAAAGAUUUGGCUGAAAAACGUAGGCUCUUGUCCUGAGCUGAUGACAUGUCAGAGUCUCCUCAUUAGAAGAAGGCUCUAUAGAGGGAGAUGUCAUUCAUUUUCUUCGAAAUAACUUAGGGGACACACUGCAGGCAGGUGCCCUCAACUAUGAGUGUGAAGAUGGGAAGGGAGGGAAAAACAAUUAGGAAGGAUGAUUAGGAAGGAUGACUAAUCUCACACAUCUCAGAGAGAUAUGGUUCUCAAUAAUAGUGGUCUGAAAUUACUAUAUUUCUCAGUAUUAAAGGGGAUAGGGAUAUUAAAGGAUAAUAGGGGGAAAUUCCCUUUGAGGAAUUCAGAGGACUGGUAGAUCCAGUUUUGCAUGUAUAGAAAUUAGCUACUGAUUUAAUAAUGAUGUACCUUAAGAUAACUCUGCUCUGAAAAAGGGACAUGUAUGACUGUACUGUAUCAAAGAUAAUUUGUCCCACAUAUAGAGGAUGAACAGAGUGGUGCUUUGUGUCUACUUUAGGCUUCAAGUAUCUUAAUGCUUAAGUCAUACAACAUAAUGUGACAAAUGUGAUGUUACGUUCUCGAACAAUCGGAUUCUUUUCAACGGCUCUUUGGUACGAACGAAGUGAACUGAAUUGUGCUUGAGAGCCGUUCUUUUUAUCAUAGUGCCCAAAUCUCACUGCCUACCCUAAAUCCAACCCACUCCCCUCCCCCUUUGCGUGAACAGCGAGAACCACCCAGUCACAAGAUGCAGACAUUGUCAAGUUAGGUUCCUUAAAGGCAGAAUGAGUAGGAUUUGUCGGUUGCUGUUUGUAAACACACCAUUCACCAUUCCAGGGAGAGAGAACGUGCAGUGAAUGUGCAGUGGUGGUCGAGCGAGCUAAAGAGUGAAUGAAGAGAGGUGCGGCUUUAGCGAGAACAAAGCAGUGAAUCAGACACAUAAAAUGUUAUUUUCAGAUUGUUUCGUGGCGGCUAUAUGUUAUACAUCGAAUCUGAUCCAUUAUCCUAGUGAUUAUAUCACAGAUACACUUAGUAACCCCCACUCCCUAAAAAAGAAAA